AUGCACCCCUUCUCCAUACUCACCCUCGCGAUAUUCGUAGCUGGCUACAUCACAGCUCGAUGGGAUCUAGUCACCCGGCUCUACGAAUUGACCGUCUUCGCUUGGGAUAAGGGCGUCAUUCUUCGCGCCGGCCAGGGAUUCGCCUUCUUAAGUCUCGCUUUCGCCAUAAUAUUCAUACCUGUACAACAUAUCGCUGGAGUCGAGGCUGACUCGCAUCCGCGAUCGCCUAGUCUUGGAAUAUCAGCUCGAGAACAACUCCGGCGCAGAGGCUCCUUCUAG